AUGAAAUUCAAUCUAUUAUAUCUCAUAAAAUUUAUUCUUUGUUGUUACAUAGUUGUUUUUUCAAUUUUGACAUAUUCCCACAUAGCUUCAACGAACAACCAGUCUUCAGUCCAAUGGAAAUAGUAACUUCAAAUUAUCGCAAUAGAUGGAUUGAGGUUUAGGGAAGAUUGGAUAUCUACCCUUGCAACAGGCACGAAUAAAGAAAAAGAAUUGCUCUAUCAAAAAGGUCCUCCGACAUUCGGCCUUAGGGGUUUUUUGCCUUCGUGUUCGAUAGGUGGGUAAUUAUCAGAUAUUAAAAACGAAACCAGACAGAAUAAUAAUAUUAAUAGAUAUCUAAUCACAUCGAAACCUCAUAAAUUUUACAUAUGUAUUCCAUUAUAACAUUGUAUUUUUUUUGGUAAAAACUCAAAGUAAAUUAAUAAAAAUUCAAUAUAAAUUUAAAAAAUAAAAUGUAUUGCGAAAAUGAGAAAGUUAGAGAGUUGUAUCAGGUUUUGUCCUUAUCCAAUGAGGUUGAUGAAGUGGUCCUCCCUAUCCUCAUAAACAUAUUAAAAAAAGAGGGAAUUUAAGACUGCCUAGAAUUUCUCUCAUAAGAUCAAAAUCUAUUCCUUGUUGAAAUGGAAAGGUAAAAGGUAGAAAAUUUAUCUCUGUUUGAUAAAGAUUUGACUCUCAAUGCAGAGAAGAACAUUAAGAGAAUAAAGGAUGUUCUUAAAAAUAUUAGGGAUCAUAAAUAUAACAGACUGAAUUACUCGAUGGAGGAUUAUGAAGAAAUUAAAAAAGAUCUGAUCAUAAAAAUAUCAUGGGAUAAGAAAAUUAUAGAAUUUCUCAAAAAUUUAGUUCAUCUUACUGCAUUAGAUGACAAAUAUAUUUAAUGUGGAUCUAAUUCCCUUCAUUUGUUGGUUUUAAUGAAGGUUGAUUUGAGGGAAUCAUGUUUUGAAAAUAUCAGGAUUAGAGAUACCACUUUAGUUGGUGGAAAUUUUGUAAGGUGUAAUUUCAAUGGAUCAGAAUUGGACAAUGUAGAUAUUAGUGGAAUAAAUUUGAGUUAAGCUUAAAUGUUUAAUUGUAAGUGGAGGAAAUUAAGAAUAAAUGAAUUAAGAAUACUAAACGGCCAUAGUGGAGUGGUUAAACAGAUUUCUUUCUUUCCAGACGGUAAGUCAUUAGCUUCUUGUAGUGAUGAUAAAUCCAUUCGUCUAUGGGAUGUGGAAACAGGAAAAAUAAAGAACAUAAUCAGUGGAAAGUAUGAAUUAAAAUCAGUAUGCUUUUUAACUAAUAAUACCACAUUAGCUUUUAGCAGUGGAAGAUAUGUGUAUUUAUGGAAUCUUAAAACAGGAAAAUAAAUCGCAAAAUUAAAUGGUCAUAGAAGAUAGGUUAAUUCAAUCUGUUUCUCUCCUGAUGGUACUACAUUAGCAUCUGGUAGUCGAGAUAACUCUACCCGUUUAUGGGAAGUUAAGACAGGAUAAUAAAAAGCCAAAUUAGAUGGUCAUUCUGAUACCGUAUGGACAGUCACUUUCUCUCCUGAUGGUGCUACAUUAGCAUCUGGCAGUUAUGAUACCUCUAUUCGUUUAUGGGAUGUUAAGACAGGAAAACAAAAAGCCAAAUUAGAUGGUCAUUCUAAUAUAGUAUGGACAGUCAAUUUCUCUCCUGAUGGUACUACAUUAGCAUCUGGUAGUUCAGAUAUGUCUAUCCAUUUAUGGGAUGUUAAGACAGGAAAACAAAAAGCCAAAUUAGAUGGUCAUUCUAAUACAGUAUGGACAGUCAAUUUCUCUCCUGAUAGUAGUACAUUAGCAUCUGGGAGUUCAGAUAAGUCUAUCCGGUUAUGGGAUCUUAAGACAGGAUAAUAAAAAGCCAAAUUAGAUGGUCAUUUUGAUAUAGUAAGGACAGUCAAUUUCUCUCCUGAUGGUGCUACAUUAGCUUCUGGUGGUUCAAAUAUGUCUAUCCAUUUAUGGGAUGUUAAGAUAGGAUAAUAACAAGCCAACUUAGAUGGUCAUUAAUAUGUCGUAACUUCAGUCAAUUUCUCUCCUGAUGGUACUACAUUAGCAUCUGGUAGUUGUGAUAACUCUAUUCGUUUGUGGGAUGUUAAGACAGGAAAACAAAAAGCCAAAUUAGAUGGCCAUUCUGAAAUAGUUUUAUCAAUUUGUUACUCUCCUGAUGGCACUACAUUAGCAUCUAGUAGUUAUGAUAGCUAUAUUCAUUUAUGGGAUGUUAAGACAGGAAAAUAAAAAGCCAAAUUAGAUGGUCAUUCUGAUAGAGUAUGGACAGUCAAUUUCUCUCCUGAUGGUACAAUAUUAGCAUCUGGUAGUUGUGAUAACUCUAUUCGUUAAUGGGAUGCUAAGACAGGAUAAUAAAAAGCCAAAUUUGAUGGUCAUAGAAGAUGGGUUAAUUCAAUCUGCUUCUCUCCUGAUGGUACUACAUUAGCAUCUGGUAGUUCAGAUAUGUCUAUCCAUUUAUGGGAUGUUAAGACAGGAUAAUAAAAAGCCAAAUUAGAUGGUCAUAGAAGAUAGGUUAAUUCAAUCUGUUUCUCUCCUGAUGGUUCUACAUUAGCAUCUUGUAGUUGUGAUUACUCUAUUCGUUUAUGGGAUGUUAAGACAGGAUAAUAAAAAGCCAAAUUUGAUGGUCAUAGAAGAUAGGUUAAUUCAAUCUGUUUCUCUCCUGAUGGUACUACAUUAGCAUCUAGUAGUUUAGAUAUGUCUAUCCAUUUAUGGGAUGUUAAGACAGGAUAAUAAAAAGCCAAAUUAAACGGUCAUUAACAUGCAGUUACUUCAGUCAAUUUCUCUCCUGAUGGUACUACAUUAGCAUCUGGUAGUUAUGAUAACUCUAUUCGUUUAUGGGAUGUUAAGACAGGAAAAUAAACAGCCAAAUUAGCUGGUCAUUCUAAUACAGUAUGGACAGUCAAUUUCUCUCCUGAUGGUACUACAUUAGCAUCUGGUAGUUCAGAUAUGUCUAUACGUUUAUGGAAUGUUAAUGCAAAAUAAGAAAUCUUUUAUUCAGAUAAUCGAUAUAAAGAUACCCCACAGCAUUUUAAGCCUUCAACAAUUUUAAAUGAAGUUCUUUCACAAAGUUGUAUUUAUUCUUUCACUAUUCUUAGCUACCUCUUAUAUUUCCAUUCUAAAAAUUUCCCCUAAUCCAAUUUUAGAUGCUUAAGGCGCUUUGAUCUUGGAAGGAGAAUUCUUUGAUUAUAAAGGAUUUGAUUUACGAUCAUUUUUUAAAUCUAAAGGUAGUUUAAUUAUAGAGAAUGAACUAAAAUCGAAAAAAUAUUGA